AUGUCACCCUCUAAACCGUUUGUACAAAAAAAGAAACUCCUCCUCUGUCUGGAUGCCUUUGGGACCCUCUUCACACCUAAAGUACCCAUUCCCGUGGGCUAUGCGCGCGCCGCUGCGCGUCACGGGAUCGAUGGGAUCGAAGAUACCGAAAACCCGCGCGAAAUAGCAAGGCGGUUCAAAAAGUCCUUUUCAGAGGAGUCAGCCAAAAAUCCAAACUAUGGAAAAGCCAGCGGGAUGCUUGUAGACCAGUGGUGGGAAAACGUCAUCCGCGGUGUCUUUAACCCUAUGCUCGGGCCAACACAAAGAUUCCCCCAAGGCUUAACAAAGGAACUCAUGCGAACGUAUAGUUCCAAUGCUGGAUAUACUCUCUACAAAGACGUCAAACCUUUCUUUUCCAUGCUGCAGAGGGCGAAACGGGAAGCUCAAUUGCAAGUCAGAACACCCACGCAUCCCUGGCCAUGGGAAAAGACCAUCGUGGGCAUCAUCACAAACUCCGACUACCGCGUCCCCUACAUUCUAACCUCUCUUGGUCUAAACGUCAUGAACAGACGAUACAAGGAACCCUGCCAUACAGCGCUCAUGGAAGAAGAAGAGACAGACAUCAGCUUCAUCAUCAUGUCCUACGAUGUCGGGAUCGAGAAACCCGAUGCGGCAAUCUACAAAGCAGCAGAAGAGUUGCUGGGUGAUGACAUUGAAGAUUAUGAGAAGCUACACGUUGGAGAUGAUGUAGACACGGAUUAUCAGGGUGCCAAGGACGCAGGAUGGGACAGAGUAUUACUACUUAGAGGCGAGGAAGAAUGUCGUGUUGCAGGAAAGGGCGUCCAACGAAUAGAAGUAGAGAACAAACAAGGACGCUUCAAAACUGUCGAUGCGGUCAAUAGCUUAUUGGAUCUCGACACCUGGCAGCCCAAACAGCGGAAGAGGAGGUUCGUACGCUAA